AUGGACAAGCUACUGCUGUGGGUCUCUGUCCUCACCACUCUCUCUGGAGUCCUUGCUCAGACAGACCUCAACAGAAAGGUGUUUGUGUUUCCUAGAGAAUCUUCUAGUGACCAUGUGAGCCUGAAAGCGGAGCUGGAGAAACCACUACAGAACUUUACCUUGUGUCUUCGAGCCUUUAGUGACCUCGUCCAUGGCUACAGCCUCUUCUCCUACAACGUCCGGGGCAAGGAUAAUGAACUAUUAGUUUUUAAAGAAAAAAUUGGACUGUAUAGUCUACACAUUGGAGGAACCAAAGUCACUUUCAAAGUUACGGAGGAGUUCCCUGCCCCGGUGCACCUCUGUGUCAUCUGGGAGUCCUCCACUGGCAUUGCUGAAUUUUGGAUCAAUUCGAAGCCUUUGGUAAAAAAGGGGUUGAAGCAGGGUUACUCUCUGGGAACUCACCCCAAGAUCAUUCUGGGCCAAGAGCAGGAUUCCUAUGGAGGUGGGUUUGAUGAGAAUCAGUCCUUUGUGGGAGAAAUCGGGGAUGUGUGCAUGUGGGACUCUCUGCUGUCCCCAGAUAACAUCAAGAGUUUGUAUCACAGCAGCACCUGCCUUAGCCCCAAUUUUCUUAACUGGAAGGCUCUGAAUUAUGAGACGAAAGGCUAUGUCGUCACCAAACCUCGGGUGUGGAACUGA